GGGAUGCGGAGGGAACAGUUUUCUUGUUUAUCGGAAAGCGUAAGGAUAGUUGAUCAUGCCUGAUCCAGCCAAGUCCGCUCCAGCCCCGAAGAAAGGCUCCAAGAAAGCGGUGACCAAGACCCAGAAGAAAGAUGGGAAGAAGCGCAGGAAGACAAGGAAGGAGAGUUACGCCAUUUACGUGUACAAGGUGCUGAAGCAGGUGCACCCCGAUACCGGCAUCUCCUCCAAGGCCAUGAGCAUCAUGAACUCCUUUGUCAACGAUGUGUUUGAGCGCAUCGCAGGGGAAGCCUCCCGCCUGGCUCAUUACAACAAGCGCUCCACCAUCACCUCCCGGGAGAUCCAGACCGCGGUCCGCCUGCUGCUGCCUGGGGAGCUGGCCAAGCACGCCGUGUCCGAGGGCACCAAGGCUGUCACCAAGUACACCAGCGCCAAGUAA